GUUAAAUAAUGUUUGAAAAUAAUAGUGUUAAAUAUGUUCCAUCAGUGCCUAAAAUAGUUGAUCCUGAACCAAUAACUUGUAUUAUUGAGCCUAGUGAAGAAGAGGGAGGCUUAUAUUUAGGUAAUUUGGAAGCAGCCAAUAAUGUUGAUCUACUAAGAAAAUUGAAAAUCAGGGCAGUAUUGACCGCAAGUCAAGAGACUGCAGUAAAAUACUAAGAACACGUUGUUCAUUUUCAUGAAAUUAUUAUGGCUCAUGAUAAAGCAGAUUACGAUAUCAUUUAACACUUUGAAUAGGCCUAUGAAUUUAUUGAUAGACAUAGGAAAUAUACAAAUGUGUUCGUACAUUGCUUUGCAGGUAUAAGUAGAUCUGCAUCCAUGGUUACAGCCUAUCUAAUGAAAAAAUAUAAUUUAUCAUUCGAAAAAGCACUUUGGAAUGUUAAGUCUAAAAGGAGACAAGUUCAUCCAAACGUUGGAUUUAUUAGACAACUAUAAAAAUAUGAAACUGUGCUCAAAAAUCAAGCUAUUUCUAAUGCUCCAUCCAGAAUUCAAUAUUAAUAGUAACAAUUCCCAUAGUAUGGUUUCGUAUAAUAACCAACCCAGUAACCAAUCCAAUAAUCGAUUCUAACACCAUUUAUUUAAUAAUCUGUCCUCUAACCUUGGAAUCAAUCGCAACGUUAUGAUGAAUUAGUUUAAUAUUAUUGAUUGUUAUAAAUACUUCCAAAUUUA